GAGAUAGAUGCGAUCCUGUCCUCUGUAAAUUACACACCCAUGUUACUUUUUGUCAACCACUUAGCGGGAGUUGUAGCUGAGAUAUCAAGCAUCAGAAAAGCAGAUACAGCCAACGUUGGAUAAUUAGGGCAACCAUGUCUGACAGAAAAGCCGUCAUAAAAAAUGCCGACAUGUCGGAGGAGAUGCAGCAGGACGCAGUGGAGUGCGCCACGCAGGCUCUGGAGAAGUACAACAUCGAGAAAGACAUCGCUGCAUACAUCAAGAAGGAGUUUGACAAGAAGUACAAUCCCACUUGGCAUUGCAUUGUAGGGAGGAACUUUGGAAGCUACGUGACCCAUGAGACCAAACAUUUCAUCUACUUCUACUUGGGCCAGGUGGCAAUACUGCUCUUCAAGUCUGGCUGAAAGGACAGCCAAUGCAGCUCAAUCCCCCCCCAUCAACACCAACUGACCAUUAAAUACUGACUGACUCAACAGAAAGGCUCUAUCAUUCCUGGUCAACGGGGACCGCCUUUUUCUGUGCUGCUUUUUUGUUUCUCUUUGUUUAAAGAAAUACAUGGCCAUGUGAGAGAAAUGAAACACUUGUAUUUAUUUUUGUUUACAGUAGAUGUCACCGUUUUUGUAAUUAAAGCAAUAUCAUUUGGCUUUCUG